CCAAGUUUUUCACCAUGCGGGGUCUCUUCGUUUUUGCGCUGCUUUUGUGCUCCGUCUUGGCGCGACAAGUCCCGACGCCCGAAGAAGAUGCUCGCGUAGCAUUAGACGUUCGACCCGAUACUAUACAGGGCCCGAAUCCGGUGAACGUGGUGGCUGAAAAGACCGAUGUUCAGCAAAGAGAUGAUGGAAAUGUUAGAACGAAACGCCACGGUUUGGGUUUAGCUCUCGGAGCGGGUUUGUUGGGAGCCAAAGCGCUGGGAGCCGGAGUGAUAGGAGCAGGAGUUUUGGGUGGAGCCGGAGCUUUAGGAGGAGCGGGACUCCUGGGGAGCGCUGCUCUAGGUCUAGGAGCGGCCAAAGUGGUUGGUCUUAAAGCUGGGUUAGUUGGUGGACUAGUCGGUGCUAAAUUAGGAGGACUUCACGGAGGUGGGUACUACGGAGGCGGUGGAUACUACGGCGGCGGAUACGGAGGUGGAUACGGAGGUGGAUACGGAGGUGGAUACUACGGAGGUGGUCCGACUUAUGUCAGAUACGUAGAAAGCCCGGCUUAUUACAGUGGAGGAGGAAGUGGAUGUGGAGUUUGUGGACACGGACACGGAAGUUAUUCCAACGGUUAUAAUUAUGGAUAUGGUUCUGGAUGGAAUCACGGAUCGUACUAAGUGUAGUAAAAUAGUUCAAAAUGCC